AUGAAUGGAACGGCUCAUGAGCUUAAUAUCACUCCCCAUGUAAUGGAGAGUUCGUCGAAUAGGAUACCUCAGAAACUCCGCCAUGCUCAAUCACUCUUUCGUCGUCGACCUACGAAAGUAGAAGUGGAUAGUAACCAUCGUCGUCGAUGGAGCCACUAUGACAACUUACCAAAUGGUGUCCAUCCACCUUAUGGUACAGACAACGUGGAUCCGAGUGCAUCAUUGAAGUCGGGGUAUUCAACAGAACAGACACUCGCUUCCUUAAACAGAGGACGCUCAACAAGAAACAACUUGACGUUUGCUUCAAAUGAAUUGAAGGCAACGCUUCCGUCCCUGGAUGAGCAUCGCUUAAGUCAAAGGAGUUCACAGGAUGUGGGUGUUCCAGUCGGCACGAAUUUGGAAUCUUCAAACCGGGCAAGUGGAAACUCGAAUUUCCCUUUAAUACCCCAAAAAUCAGUUCGAAGAUACUAUUCGAAUGGAACAGCUCGACGAUUAGAUUUGGGUCGCUCGGGUUCCCCUUCCAGUAGAUUCAGUAAAACAAGCGAAGUCACUGCGGCAGAUCCUGCUCGUUUUGCCGAUGAAAAUGAUGAUGCUGCUACACCAAUUACUUUCAGUAAUCGGUUUGCCGAUUCUGAUUUCGAGCCCGGAAGCACAUCAAGGUUUUCUGAGCGUUCAGAAACAGCAAGGAAAAGAAAUUCCUUAAGUUUUCAAGCGCGAAUGAAACCGAUGAGUCCAAGAGAAGUAUCUAACAACGGCCAACCCAAGCGUGCUUCCCAAAUAACGGAACCGGGGUCUUCGUUUUCGACUGCCGUUGAAAACGAAGCCAAUUAUAGUCCGUUAGGUCCUACUUUUUCUGGAAACAGUGUUGGAUACGCACCUAAGGAGCACGCUUAUGAGACUCAAUCUCCUUCUGGUGUACUUACUCCAUCCCGACAUUCAAAUAUUCCUGCAUGGCAUCAGGAUACAGGACAUAUGUAUGCGCCUAUGCAGAAUCGCCAACGUCCUCUUUUCACGGAUUUGGACUAUCCUGGUGACGACAUGCAGGCUUCAGAUUCUUUUAUGGACAUACAUGAAUCUCGUGUGGAUGAUUCGGAUAGCGAGCGCAGUUACCGUCGAGUACGAGAUCAAUAUCUACAAAAGCCUCGUGCCAAAUCCAGUCGCUACAGUGCUAUGUCAAAUACCGCUAGUCAAGUUACGCCAAGGGCUUCCCAGGCAAAUUUGAAUGUGCAUAGUAACCAAAGACCUGCGAGUCAUUAUUAUGAAAAGUUGCACAUAAACAAUCCCAAAAAUAGCAGCUUUCAAGCUCUACCAUAUGAGACCACAGCUCCUGCUAAGCGACCCAUGCCUGUGACGCAGCCAGAACAGGCAGCACCUAGUAAAAAACAGAAAGGUUUUUUGAAGAAAUUUGUUCACAAAAUCUCUCGUAUAUUUAAAUGA